AUGUACCUGCUGAAAACACCUUGCAUCGUGGGGGGAUUGUUCAGCAACCUCAAGUACAAGGUGGAGUUCUUCCGCGAGAACAUCCUCAUCAACGACAACGUGAUGGAGUGCUGCAGGAUCUACAAGGUGGAGAAGCUGGUGUCCUGCCUGUCGACGUGCAUCUUCCCCGACAAGACCACCUACCCCAUCGACGAGACCAUGGUGCACAACGGCCCGCCGCACACCAGCAACGAAGGGUACGCGUACGCCAAGCGCAUGAUCGACGUGCUCAACCGCUGCUACAAGGUGCCAGACGAGUACGGCUGCAACUUCACAUCGGUGAUCCCCACCAACAUCUACGGCAAGGGGGACAACUUUUCCAUCGACAACGGGCACGUGCUCCCGGGACUCAUCCACAAGUGCUACAAGGCGAAGCAGGCGGGCGAGGACUUGCACGUUUGGGGCACCGGGAGCCCGCUACGCCAAUUCAUCUACAACGUCGACCUCGGCGCCCUGAUGAUCUGGACGAUGCGCAACUACCACGAGGUAGAUCCUAUCAUCUUGUCCGUCGGGGAGGAGGACGAAGUGUCCAUCGCGGACGCGGCGAAGAUGAUCGCGAGCGCGAUGAACUUCGAAGGGAACGUUGUCUUCGACACUGACAAGGUGGCUUGACUUGACUUGACUUGACUUGCAUGUGCAGCAGUAGCGUUUUUCAUGUCUACUGUUGCUACCUAGAGACAACGUUUACUUGCGGUCUUAUGGUGUAUGUAACGUUUUCAUGUUUGCGACAGACGAUCUACCUGGAGAUGAUCUUGACCGUUGUCGUUCAACUUAUAUGUACCUUGGUGCCGGGUUCGAUCGUUUUCUGUGACGAGCUCGCAGAGAGAAAGUCGUCAAAAGAUAUGCACCUAAAUAUAUCGCUUUGGACUUUUGAACGGGAAUACAGCUCGCCGUCGUCAAGGCACGCUCGUGUGGUUUUUUUCUGUCGCUCCUGAAAGCCUUGCAUACCGUCCGGCUUCCUUGGCGUAUUGACGAAUGAGAUAGAAGCUCCCUGGCUUUCGUGGGAACGUUUGGAAGUUUGAGAAGCUUGGCUUGUCUUGGUUCUUGCAUUAGGUAACCCCUCGCUUGUCACGGCCCAGGUCAGGUGAUUUUGGCGCUUUGUUUUGAUUUUGAUUUUGAUUGUGUCGAUCUUCCUCACCCCUCCUCGCCGGCGUCUCGACCCGGCACUUUGCGCUCCCCUCAGAAAGCGGCGAAUCGAGUUACUUUCGCUCUUGAAUCUCUCCUUCUCGUGGUUUGCGUGUCCGCGCGCCGCAUGUGGUUGUGUUUCCGUCCCCUACCCCCAACUCUUAAUCCGCUCUGCUGCGUCUCCCUCAAGCUGGUGGUUCCUGAUCCUGGUCGUUUGUUUUUCUUAUCGUGGACGGACUCAAGGCGGUGAGUAACCCCCCCCCCCUGACAGUCAACAACGAGAUCGGCUCUUAUGCUAUAAGUGUGUCGGGCUCCUUGUAGUGUUGGCCUUUCCCGUGCAUGUACUGCUUUAUCACGAGUCAAGCGUCGUCAGAUGUCCAAGAUCCGUGUCAGCACGCUUGCGCAGCUCUCAUUUGUUGUGGAAGAUGCUCUCGUUCGUCUUGAGCAGGCGUGGGGAGGUAGUCUUUUGCCCCGUACAUGCCAUGGCGGAAAUUUUUUUCUCAAGUGUUUAUUUUACCCUCAUCCUUAGUUACCAGGCAUGGACCGAUCACCGAUGGCCAAUCGUUCCUUUCUAUGGACGGGACGAAAAAAGCACACAGAACACACUCACGUAAGGUAGGCUACAACUGUUUGAGAUGCAUCGCGCACGAUCACCUUCCGUUGAUGUCGCCGACAAACGCUGCCUUCAGUCCCAUGCUAUGCCCUCGACACACCGCUCACGUUGCCGUACACAGGCGUGCGACUGGUUCUGCGAG